UUUAUUUUAUUUAAUCGCGUGCAAGGGCACUGGUGCAAGCAUCACGAGGUGCUUUUUUCUCGGUUAUUCUCAACGGAGAGGCUCACUGGCGACACACAAGUAUAUCCGAGGUACGAGGUAGUGGGAAAAGACUAAACUUGUCCUCCAUUACUUUCCCAGAGCCAAGCAAAUGGUGGCUUGCUCAGACUGAGUGAGAGUCUUUGUUGUCCACCUACGUUGUGAUCUUCACAAUAUUUUCAUAAAUAUAAAGUUUGUGCGAUUGUUCAGUUGCAUCUGAUGUUGAUGUAGUUGGCCAGGACAAUUGGAGUUAUUAUCAUGGAUUUUUUCGGGAUUCAUUCUCCUUAAGACAGAAUAGUGGCAUGCGUCGAUUAAUCUAUGGCAGAUCAACAAGAUCAGUCGUCGCUCGGGGGGUCUGUAGAGAAGGCCAGUGCUUCAGCAGACGCCUCUAAAUUACGGGGGACGAGCAGUGGCACUAGUGGUUAUAGAAAACGACAGAAUACACAAACAGUUGUUACAACAUUGACAGAAAAACGGAGAAGACAAACUGAGCUACAAGCUCCACUGGUUUCUAGUGUUACGAGUACACACAGACGAUCGGUUGAUUCGAGGGGCGAGGGUAAAAAUAAAGAGGAGAGGAAGGGCUAUGGAAGUGGCGUAGGAACUCUCACUGAUAUUGACUGGAGAGCACAGCCCAAGGGACAGCAUUCCACGAGUGGUAUCACUACAACGAGGAAAAAUUCAACAAAACACAGCCAAGCUGAACAUAAUCCUGCCCCAAUAGAUUGCGUCGCAUCACGCACUCGUUCGCGUACGCCACAAAAUCCACGAAGUGUUCAAGGAAGCAGUAAUUCAUUUGAUUCCACAUCAUCGACAUUCUACAAUAGUAGAAAAUCAUUCGGUAAUUACAAUUUGUUACCUGGAGCUAGUUCAUCGAUUAAUAGUCCAACAACAUCGAGAGGUAGAGCUACGAAAUCCCAUAGUAGUGUAUCAGCCCACACAAACGGUGGUACGAGUAGUCAAGCAUUGGGUGUCAAGUCAAGCAUCAGAGUGGGUAACGCAGCUAGUAACUCUGUGGAGAGCGGUGGAGGGGCGUUGGCACAUGACGGGGCAGGGACUAGUGGUGUCACAUCCACGUCAGUUGUCAACCCCUCUGUGUCUGCCUCCACCAACUCUAGCCACCAUCAUCCAACUCACAAACACUUGCUGCGUUCCCGAGUGAAACUCACCUCGGAUCAACCUAAGGAGUUGACCUCGAAGGUAUUAUCAAAGCACAAGAAAGAAGGCUCAUCUUGCUCUAGCUCCCGUCAUCGUUCCUCCUCACGUGCUCGUAAAUCCUGUGAGAAUCCAACCUCAAGUGGAGGUGGUCUCAUGUCAGGAUCUGAAUCAACACCCACAACCCUUCCCACACCGACAACAGUCCCAAAUCAACAGAGCUCAACCCCUGGAGACGAGCAUUCAACACCAGCGACAGCAGCAGCUGCUAGCGGUGGCCCCUCUGGAAUGUCUGGAACUACUGGUGACAGUGAGAGUGAUGAUGGAGAAGUUGGAAGACUUCAGGCCCUUUUGGAGGCUCGUGGCCUUCCUCCCCACGUUUUUGGAGCCCUUGGAUCGCGGAUGCAGCAUCUGCUGAAUCGAAGUAUGGGGGCAAGUUCAGCUGCUAAGGCCCAACAACUACUUGCUGGGUUACAAGCUGUUGACGAUGAAGGAGAACAGCUACAGGCUGUGAUAGGAAUGGGAGAGAUACUUGUAAUGGGAAAUGAGGAUACAUUGACGGGUUUUCCGGUGAAACAAGUAGUAGCAGCAUUGAUAAAUCUUCUUGGUAUCGAGCACAAUUUUGUCAUUAUGACACACGCCUGUCGUGCCCUGACGUACAUGAUGGAGGCUCUUCCUCGAUCAUCGACAGUCGUCGUUGACGCAGUCCCAGUAUUUCUCCAGAAAUUAGAGUCAAUCGAGUGCAUGGAUGUGGCUGAACAGUGUCUCACAGCCCUUGCUAUGCUCUCGAGAAGACACAGCAAGACAAUCCUUCACGCUGGUGGUGUUUCAGCGUGCCUUAAAUUCGUGGACUUUUUCAAUAUCACAGCUCAACGUGCUGCCCUGACAAUAACAGCCAAUUGCUGUCAAAAUCUUCAUCCUGAUGAUUUUCAUCUUGUCGUUGAGAGUCUCCCAUUGCUCACCAGUAGACUUACCAAUCAGGAUAAAAAGAGUGUCGAGUGUGUGUGUCAGGCAUUCAGCAGGCUUGUUGAUAGUUUUCAACAUGAUCCUGUUAUGUUGCAUAAAAUCAUUACUGCUGAAUUAUUACAGAAUUUACAGCAAUUACUCAUGAUUACACCGCCAGUCAAUAGCAUUGGAAAUUUUAUAACUGUACUACGAAUGCUCUCUGUGAUAUCGAAUCGUUGCCCCGACUUGGCACAACUUUUACUUCAGCAGAAUAUUGCCUUUACAUUGAGCUAUCUUCUCACUGGGUCACUGGAAGUCAAGACGGAGGAUGUCGACCUUGUGCCAAGGUCACCUCAGGAGUGGUUCGAAAUUACUUGUCUCAUUGAGGAACUUAUGCCACCGCUACCCACCGACGGUAUAUUCAGUGUCAAUAGUCUUCUUGAGAGAACGAAUAAUCAACAGGAGACUGUUCACUGGGAGUGGAGGGAUGAGAGACACUGCUGUCAUCCCUUUAGCACUAUUGAUUCCCGAAUCAUUGAAAUGGCUUUUCAGAAUGGUGAGGAUGAAAUUUGUCUUUCCACUUUGGGCAGAACUUACACCAUCGAUCUGACUAUGAUGAAGCAAAUCAACGAAGACAUUGGUAUGGCGAGGAGUAUCUUUAGGAGGGUUAUGACUGAUGCUGCUGAGGGGAAGAGCCCCACUUGCUCGGGAAAUAUGGAUGUCGUACCUCCGGUUAUUGAGACCAAUGAGUGGCUGGUGUCAUUUAUCAGAACACUUUUUUCUGUAUUAUAUGAAGUUUACAGCAGUUCUGCUGGUCCUGCUGUCAAGCACAAGUGUCUCAGGGCACUCCUGAGGAUGGUUUAUUAUGCAUCAACUGAUUUAUUAAAGGAUGUUCUAAAAAAUCAAGUGGUAUCAUCUCACAUAGCUGGUAUGCUAGCCUCUCAAGACCUUCGAAUUGUAAUAGGCGCAUUGCAAAUGGCCAGUAUUCUCAUGAAACGUUUGCCCCAAGUAUUUGGUGUGCAUUUUCACCGAGAGGGAGUAUUGCAUCAAGUACGACAAUUAGCUGACCCUGAGGUACCUCUUGGUGUAUCACCACCCAAGUGCACUUCUGGUACAUCAUUACCAACUCCCCAACCAGGUCCAUCCAAUACACCAUUGUCAUCAACAAUGACACUGUCAUCUAGCAGUGCCACAUCUCCAGUUGCUUCACCGACGACUAAUGGAAAUAUUUUGUUUGGUUCAAUUGCAUCUAGUCAAUUGAGACCAAGUCUCACGGCUACUAUGGAGACAAGAAGUCGUACGGAGUUGAGUUCGUCAGUUGAGGAUCCUGCGAGUACACCACCAAGUGCCCACUUAAGAAUUGGAGACGUCUUGAAACGCAAACGCCAAAACAAGAAAGGAAGGCUCUCUCGUCUGGGAAGUGCCACGACCCCUCAACAGUCACCCCAAGCAGAAUCCCUCUUCACAGGUUUCGCUCAGAAGAACAAUCGUUUCCUCGGUAACUUGAACCCAGCGCGUUGGGGUAGAAAAUCAUCUGCUUCGAGUGCAUCGAGUGACAAACGUGAUUCAACCUCGUCAACGAGUCUCACCAAACCCCCAAGCAAUCCCAGUCUAACUGGUGGCAAUCGGGAUAAAGCUAAAACUUGGGUUCGUGAGCAGGCAGGACAAUUUCUAUCGAGAUACCAGGAUGAUGCACCGUGCACUCAUCCAGCUCUGACAGUACUAUCUCGUCUCACAUCAGCAAUCCAGCGUCUCCAAUCCAACGAACUUGAUGAGAUGCUCUCUGCCCUGACGGAACUACGAGAUAUAGUUCUAGAGAGUGACAUCUCACCCUUCGAAAUGAAUUACAGUGGUUUGAUAAAAGCUCUCCUGAAUCACCUGACGACAACAGAAGCCCCAGGUAACCGUUACGAUCGUCUGAGAAUGUUUUGGAAACUCUUUGCCGAAUCUACACUGCAACAAGACUCCAACACAGACGGCCCCAUUGACAUGAAUCCAGGAGCUUUUGGCGCACUUGUCAAUAAAUUGAACAGUUGUGUCGCCCAGUUGGAGCAAUUCCCUGUAAAAGUCCAUGAUCUACCAGCAGGCUCUGGUGCUGGACGAAGUGGUACAAGUGCCCUCAAAUUUUUUAACACCCAUCAGUUGAAGUGCAAUCUUCAACGGCAUCCCGAUUGCAAUAAUCUCAAACAGUGGAAAGGAGGCACUGUGAAGAUCGAUCCACUGGCCCUGGUUCAAGCUAUUGAGCGUUACCUUAUGGUUCGAGGUUAUGGUAGAAUUAGAGAUGCCGAAUCAAUGGUCAGUGAUGAUGAUAAUAGUGAGGAUGAUAUUGAUGACACUCUGGCUGCUGUUGUUAUCUCUCAGGGAUCAAAGCAUAAGCUUCAAUUUUUAAUUGGUGAUGAGGUUUUACCAUUCAAUAUGACGGUUUAUCAGGCGGUGAGACAGUUCAGUUGUGCUGGUAUUGAUCAUUCUGAACCCGAAACGGAUACAGAACCACCAUUGGGUCACGAUGCUGUUUGGGUACAAACCCACACAAUAUAUUACAGACCAGUUCCAGAGGAGGAGACAACAAAUUCACCGAAACCAGGAUCUAGCUCUCAGAGUACAUCGAGUAGAAAGGGAAAAGGAAAAUCAACAAAAAUCAGUUCGAAACGUAAAGAAGAUAGUUUGUGGUUGGAGGGAGCUGUUCCUCCACCAAGAUGCCCUCUUGCCCCUUACCUGGCUCCAGCUCUGCCAUCAGUCACAAUUUCAGAUGCUUCGUUGGAUGGAUUGUGCCUCCUUCGACUACUUCAUUCCCUGAACAGACACUGGGGGGUACUCUUCCCACAUUUUAAGAGUGCUCCUCUCCUAUCAGCUCAAGAUUUCAUCAAUAAUAAAAUCGCAGCGAAAGCGAAUCGACAGCUGCAGGAUCCACUGGUUAUCAUGACUGGUAAUCUCCCAUCCUGGCUGCAGCAAAUAGCCUCGGUUUGUCCAUUCUUAUUCCCCUUUGAGACCCGCCAGCUUUUAUUGUAUGCAACAUCCUUCGAUCGUGAUAGAGCACUACAGAGACUUCUAGACUCAGCCCCAGAGUUAUCAGGCUCUGACUCUCAGGAGCGUGUGACACCGAGAUUAGAGAGGAGAAAACGAACGAUAUCGAGGACCGAUAUAUUCAAACAAGCUGAACAGGUGAUUCAGGAUCUUGCAUCGAGCAAGGCUCUUCUUGAGGUGCAAUAUAUUAAUGAAGUUGGUACUGGCUUGGGUCCAACUCUUGAGUUCUACGCUCUGGUCUCCAGGGAAUUUCAGAGGGCUGAACUGGAUAUGUGGCACGGAUCUGCUAAUGAAACUAGCUACAUUCAUUCCACACAAGGCCUCUUCACGAAGCCAACGCCCUGGAAUACCAAGGUCCCAGCCCUAGCAAAGUUGAAGACAAGAUUCAAGUUUCUCGGAAAAUUCAUGGCAAAGGCGAUCUACGACUCGAGGAUGCUGGAUCUACCCUUCAGUUUUACAUUUUACAGAUGGCUACUGGGGGAGGAACACACUCUCACACUUGCUGACCUCGCACACAUAUGUCCUGAUGUCUACAGAACGUUAAACAAACUGCAGGAUAUUGUCCGGAGGAAAGAGGCUAUUGAGAGGGAUCAGACACUCAGGGCUAAUGAGAAGGCACAGCUCAUCGAGAUGUUGGACUUGGAUAAUUGCCCUGUUGCUGAUCUGGGGCUUGUGUUUGAGCUACCUGGCUAUGCGAAUAUUGAAUUGAGGAAAGGAGGAAGUGAAAUCCCAGUUACGGUUCACAACCUCGAUCUGUACAUCAAGCUGGUUGUCCACUGGUUCCUGUAUGAGGGAGUCUUCAGACAGAUGGAGGCUUUCAGGGAAGGCUUUGAGUCAGUUUUCCCACCGAAUCAGUUGAGGCUUUUUUUCCCGGAGGAACUGGAGGCUGUCUUCUGUGGGCAUCAUCAGAGUGGGGGACAGUGGGAUGUCAAGACACUAUUGGAGUGCUGUAGGACGGAUCAUGGAUACACUCCUGAUUCCAGGGCCAUUAGGUUCUUGUUUGAAGUUAUGGCUGAGUACAAUAGCGAGGAGCAGAGACAAUUUAUUCAGUUUGUCACUGGUUCACCGAGGCUGCCUGUUGGUGGAUUCAAGAGUCUUACACCACCUUUAACGAUAGUUCGUAAGACAUUCGACCCAUCAAUGAAGACCGACGAUUUCCUCCCCUCUGUCAUGACAUGCGUCAACUAUCUCAAACUCCCUGACUACACAACUCUCGAUAUAAUGCGCGAAAAACUUCGAAUUGCCGCACAGGAGGGCCAGCACUCUUUCCACCUCUCCUAGAAACGGAUCCCAAGUCAUUUAUUAUUACUAUUACAUUUUUUUUCACGUGUUAUCUCAUUCAUCUCUCGAAUGUCCCGUAAAUGUCUCAAGAUACGAGUGUCCACAGGAAAAGUUCAAUGUCUCAAACAUGAAAAAAUCAUCUUAAGUGUCACUUUCAAAGUUUAUCCGUGAGAAAGUGCAUUAAUAAUUUUGAUAAAUUUUUGAGUCUGUACCCCUGUCGAUUUGAAACAAUAAUUUCCAUAAUCCUAGCUAUGUUCUCAGUCAGUUGUCAAGAGCUAAAGAGGUUGGAAAAUCAAUUGGUCUUGAUUGAAAUGAAAACGAGAUAUUCAAAGCGAAAUGAUGAAAAACAACAAAAAAAAACAAUGAAAAAAACACGUAAUAAGUUGUAAAUAUCUUAGUUAUCUCAACAUAGUUUGAUAUACGCAGGUUCAUAACAUAUAAAUAACUUUAUCAUACCGCUACGAGGCACUGAUUACUAACGGAAUUAUACAUUAGAAAUCAAGAGGACGAUUACUAAAGUGUAAAUGAUUUUUUUUUAAUCAGUGGUGCAUAAUGAAUUAAUGUGCAUCGUCAAAAUUAUCUUACCACGUGCUCCAUGAGGACCCUGACAGUGUGGGCUGAGGAUUAUUACUGAAAAUAAAACUGCAGAAAAAAACAAUGUAAAAGUGGUUGAAUCGGGAUGGAUGGUUGCAUUGUUUAAUAAGUAGUGAGAGUAUCACGAAAAAUGGAGUCUAAAUGAAUUCAUGACAUUCGUAUUUCUCUUGUUCGUUGUGUUGUAAUCGAUCUCUUGUUUGUUCUUGCUGGUCAAUUGGGGAACAUCUUGGGGAGGAUUUGGUUCACCCACUGACAUGCGACAAACUAUAUUUAAUUUCAUCGAUCUACCAUUAUAUAAAAUUAUAAUUAUUUCAUAAUUUCUAGGUAAAAUAGUCAAAUUUAUUACUUUAUUUAGUCGUGUAAGGAUAUAGUUUACAUUGUCAGACCAUUUUAGAUUUUCGAGUAAGGGAGAUGGACAUCGGAAGAUGAUUUUUUUUUUUUGUGUUUGAAAGAAGGAUUAAGGAGAUAAUCUUGCUUGUUUAAUUUUUAUCAUUGUGAGAAGUGGCAAUUAUUGGGUGAUCCCGUGAGUGGUCUGACGAUGCACCGACUGUGUUUGUUACAUCUGACUAUGUUAAAAUGUGUUAUCCUGUAGCCUUUUGAUAAAGUCCAUUAUGGCAACGGGGCGUGAUUCGAUAAAAAAAACUUGCAUAUUGAUAUGAACAAUUAAAAGUGGCUAAAUUGAUUAUAUUUAUAUCAUUUGAGUAGCAUAAAACGUUUUGAUUUUACUUGAA